CUGAGAUACAGCACCUGCUGCUGGCCAGACAGGUGGGGGUCCAGCACGUCGUUGUGUACCUGAACAAGGCGGACGCCGUACCUGACCCCGAGCUGCUGCCGCUGGUGGAGCUGGAGGUGCGGGAGCUGCUGAGCGAGUUCGGCUUCGACGGCGAGAGAACGCCCGUGGUGGUGGGGUCGGCGCUGUGCGCCCUGCAGGACCGUGACCCCGAGCUGGGGCUGCACUCCAUUCUGAAGCUCCUCGAGGCCGUGGACUCGCACAUCCCCCAACCCCCGCGGGACCUGGAGCGGCCGUGCCUGCUGCCCAUCGAG